UCUCAUUGUUUCUCGAAGGUAUCGGGAGGGAAGGUGGGAACCUCCGCCUGCUGAUACUGGUACAAGUGAAGGUGCAACAAGCGGCAUCGCGACUCCGGAAGUCCCGCUUCCGAUCGAAGGCAGUCCUUCUGCUGCUAAAGAUUCUACUCUUGAGCGUGGGGCAGACGAUCUGUCAGUGCGGUCGGAUAGUGGUUUGGCUUCGUUUCUUCCACUAUCUCGCUCUGAAACUACAAGGGAGGAUGUUGGUACAGCGGCUCCUCCUGGCCCUAGCCCUGAGAAGCAACUGCGGGACGACGAAAGCAGUAGACUAUCUAGGAGAGGAAGCAGACGCAGAGGGGCGCUGCUGGAAAGGCAAGGACCGUCCGUGAUCGACUUCGACAGGCUGAGCUCGUCUUCAGAAGAAAAGCUACCACCGGACAGAUCGGCCGGGGAGGACAGUCGUGCUCGCCGGUCACGACCAGGAAGGAUUACUACUAGAGCAUCGCGGUUGGUGGAGAAGCAGGAGCGUUCUUUUUCUUCACCCUCCACAGUAGAGGCACAGCCCACGAGUGCGCUGGAGAGACUGUAUGCUGAUGCAAAAGCGAUCACCUCUUUUGAACAUGCUUUGACUCGAAUGGCGGUUCUUCGUUCGGAUGAAAGAAGAGAGAAGCGGAGUGCGGACACCCGCUUAGCAGGACUCGUCGAAUCAAUAUUAGGGCACAACGAGCAGCUUUUAGAAGGAGGUUCGUUACCUACAGGAAAUAAAGAGGACGAUGAAACACAUGUCGUAGCAGAUUCUUCGGCAACAUCGUCUACAAGUACAAGGCUUUUGGAGGUGGCGGCAGUCUUGGCGUCAUUUCUCGCGCAGGAAGCAUCAACGUCCUCUCGAAGCCUCGAAGACAUCGGAGGCACCCAUCUUGCAUCUUGGCGGCAUUUUUUGGUCUCUCGGCUCACUAAGGAAGUUCCAUCGUUUCGUCGUAUUCUCGGCGUUCCCACCAAGUUACACACGAGCCUGGGUUUGGAGGGAGCGCUGGAACAGUUGCGGGUGGUCGCAGACCAGACUAUCCGGAGAGAGGCGCUCCAGAGACCGGCCGCCAUUCAUGCCACUAGAAACACUCUCAUAGCCAACUCCUGGCUACGAAGUGCGAUGGAAGCUUGCUCUACCCUCGAGCGUUUCUUUGAUCGCGAACUGCGAGAUCUGAGCACUCGUGGUGGCAAGAUUCGGCGCGCCACCGAUGCACUGCGUGGCUUUGUGUCUGUAAACGACCCUGCUUUGCCCA